AUGACUUUAAUUUCUUCUCCAGUGAUCAUAGAUACCGAUCCCGGUAUCGAUGACGCGCUCGCUUUAUAUCUGGCUCUAGCGUCACCUCAAUUGGACAUUAAAGCUAUUACAGUUGUAUACGGUAAUUCAAGUAUUAAAGACACAACGAGGAAUCUCAUAACUUUAUUUGAUGUUAUUGAUAAGGAAAUCGAAUAUUUUAAAAAUGCAUCACCUCCCAACAAUGAUCUUCAUCCAGAAGAAUGGGAAAGGGAAAGACGCAUUCUUUUAAAUAGAUUCGAAUGGUCAAAGCCCGUGGUUGCAAUAGGGGCGGAUAAACCCAUGAAAGCUACGGAGCAUCUUGCGGUAGAUUUUCAUGGCUUAGAUGGAUUUGGUCAAAUACAUACAACGCAUCCCCAUUACACACCAAAGGAUUUAAAGAAUUUAAAAUCCAAUAGAUACGUAAUGUCAUCUCAAGAUGCGAUCGAUGAAAUCUUAACCCAAUUAAAGAACGCACCUCCAUUCACGAUUACGAUCAUCGCUUUGGGACCUUUGACGAACCUUGCGUUAGCCUAUAAAAAGGAUAAACGUACAUUCUCUCGGGUUAAACAAAUUAUUUGUUUAGGGGGUGCAAUUAAUUCUCACGGUAACACGACUCCUUGCGCGGAGUUUAACUUUUACGCGGAUCCCCAUGCCGCAAAUAUUAUAUCUGAAGCUACCAAAGGUUUUUCUCCAUUGAUUACUGUUCAAAAUAAAAUUGAAAGGUUGCGUCGAAGGGAUCUUGUGCCAUUACAUUUUACCGUGUUACCCAUAAAUGUAUCAUGUUCAUUUCUGUUAUCAAGCAAGGAUUUUACAAAUUAUGUUACAUCUUUAAAUACACCUCUUAGCAUAUUUAUGACCGCAUUUAUGGACUACGCGUUUAACAAGAUGAGAAAUUAUUAUGGAGUUUAUAGUUUAGAAAUGCAUGAUCCGGUCGCGGUCGCAUUUGCGAUCGACAUCCUAUCAAAUAAAUCUCUGGCAUACACCUCGGAAUAUGUUGACAUGAAGAUUGAAACUCAAGGGAUUUAUACGAGAGGAAUGACCAUAGUUGAUAGUAGACCGAAACCUCCUUCAUUAGAUUUAAAUAAGAGCAAAACUUUGGAAAGGGAUUUUGGAAUUUGGAGUCACCUUUAUGCAACAAAUGUUGAAGUUAUAACUUCUUACGAUUAUAAGCUUUUCAUUGGUGAUUUUUUAAAGAGAGUUUUUAAUGUCGAUCUCUUUGAAUAUUAA